AUGGUCGACGCCAAUGGCGUUGUAGAAAGACGUCAGUCGUCCCGAAGCUAUCGUUUCCGUUCAUUGCAUGUCAGACCCUCCGUAAAACCGCCAGCGCCGCGCUCCCCUUUCCGAAGACUCUGCGUUAAGGCUCCUGAACGACAAUCUACACGCUCCAGCUUUUUUCUAUGCCACCAUGCCUCGUCCUUUCCAAAUCCAUCAUUCCACCACUUAUAUGGCUAUGACGAAACUAAGCAACACCCGACAGCCCGUCCCUUCCACCAAGCCGUGUUUAUGAGUAUCCUACACGGUGCUCUGUAA